AUGUCCAUCACCAGCUUUACUCGCGGUCAAGAUCGUACUACGAAUCAUCUACGAUCGAAUCCCCUCAAGCUGUCUGCAGUGACGAAGAAUCCCUCACCCAUCGACUUGAAGCGUACACUUUCCUCAGCCGAGCCUCCUAUGACCACCACUAGCAACGGUAAGGUCCGAAAGAGUCUACAAAGAGGCAUGUCCAGCAUCAGGAGCUUCUUCAAGAGCAGAGUUGGAGAGAAUGACCAUGGCAGCAGCGACAAUAGCAACGGGCAGGUUGUGAGCUUUACACGGAGAGGUUCACAGGCCGCUUUCAACAGUACACCUUGCGUGAUGAGAAACCCUUUAAAGCUUCACCUCACAACCUUUGACUUGAACAAGGACAUACCACCGAAAGAAACUGCGACAGCAAUGCCAGUGCCGGUCAAAGAGGUUACUGGCCAGACGGUUGGUACUCCCCUUCUUCCGUCGACUUCUCUGCGACGAAAGAUAUCUCUGAGAUUCAUGAACUCGUUCAGUCCAGCCAGCCCGACAGUGAUUGUGAAACCAGAGCUCAGAGCUCGCCCAAGUGUUCAGACGCUCCGUGUCUGCCAAAGUCCUGCCCUCUCCGGCAAUACAUCGUCACAGAGCAGCAGCAGUACGUCCACGACACUAAACAACAGAUCUACACCUCCAACAUCUGAAGGUACUGCAACUGGUUCUCCUAAUUCAGUUCUUCAUUAUGACAUGAACGUUGCUGCUGCCGACAACCAACUUUUGAUUCUGUUUGAGCAAGCCAACCUGCCACAGAAGCUCUCCACAAUCCACGAACAACCAAAUCUGACGAUCAAGACCGUCGAAGCCACGGCGGCAGCGAGAAUCUUCUUCGAGACCCACUUCAACGCUCUGCUCAAUGUUGCUUCGCCUCGUCGCAAGAGAUAUGAGGACCUGGAGCAACGUCUGAGCCGCAUGCAGUUACCUGCCUACCUCAAGCAUCGGAUUCGACGAACGUGGGAAAAGGGCGAGACCGAUGCUUUGCGACAGAGUCGCGUCCUUGAACAAAAUGGCCGACACGCCGUCAAAGUAGGUGCUUAUCAAGUCGUCAAAGUACUGGGUAAAGGCAGUUUUGGUGUUGUGCGUCUGGUCAGGGACAGUGAUGUCUUUCGAGACACCAAGGAUCACGUCCCAGCCUCGAAUACUAACGGCUUGCCACAUUCCAUAGCUGCUUCUCGCAAGUCUUCGAUGACCACAUUGGCCAGGGGGCUAUCUCGAUCCAGACAUAAAAAGCUGGCACCCAACAAGACAGUAUAUGCCAUGAAGGUCAUUCGGAAAGCGGAUAUGCUGCGAAAUGCGCAAGAAGGACACUUGCGAGCCGAACGCAACUUUCUCGUUGCGGCUGAAGGCUCCAAAUGGGUGGUGCCGCUCAUCGCUGCCUUUCAGGACGCCAAGCACCUCUACCUGGUCAUGGACUUUUGUGUAGGUGGCGAUUUCUUAGGACUUUUGAUCCGAAAGAACAUUUUGAGCGAGCAGAUCAGCAAGUAG